ACCAGCCAUGAGAACUCCUCUCCGAGAACUUACCGUUCAAGCCAGUGCCCUCACCAACUCUGGAAAAGGGUCCCCGAUGUGCCACUCGCGGGCCUCAUCGCUGUGCAAGCCCGGGCUGCAGGAAGGCAGCGACUACUCACCUCCGCUGGAUCUUGGCAGUGCUAAGAGGGUAGCCUCCCCUUCAGAACAAUUUAGCCCUCCCUCAAAAUGGCUAGAAGCUUGUCAGCAUGAUUCAGGGAAGCAGCCCCUAGAUAUGAAUCCCCAAACCAACUCUACUCCCAAAACAUCUGAGGAAGCAGUAGAUUCUCUGGAUGGCAGUGUGGUUAAAACCAUGACUUUUGUGCCCUCUCCAGUGGGGCAGCAGCAAGAUGUUCUACUUGAGGCCCAUUUAGAUACCAUGUCAGAGACAAGAAGCAUCUCUCUAGAUGAGCCUCUGAGGCCAGAUCUGCUGGCAAAGGGGAUGGCAUCCUGCGUGGAAGAGAGCUUUUUGGAAGUUGUUCCUGUGAAGCCCGAGAAAUCUACUCUUCAGGAUCCUCCAUCUCAUCUCUCGGAGUGUCCCCCAAAUCCCUGUUCUGAGCAACAUGUCCACCAAUCCAGGGAAAGCCUGAGGGGCAGUGGGACCGAGGUUGUGCCUGAGGACUUAGUCCCUUCUGAAAGUAAUGCCUCCCUACCUUCCUCCAUGCUCAGGCUUUCCCCUUCAAUUACCUUUGCAGCAGAUUUCACUGUAAGUCAUGUGGACCCAGGGGAGGAGAUUAAAGAAUACAGAGCUGUAGAGGAAAGAGAAACGAACUUUCCCACAAUCCGUGAGGAGGCUGAAUUGGGAAAUCAAGCACUUGUCCCAGACAUAGAAGAUAGUCCAUCUACAUGCCUGAUCCCAAAUCCAGGAGAAAUGGAAUCCCAGGCAACUGAAGACCCAGCAGUAGAAGAUGCUGAUAGGAUUCCUGGCUCUGAUACAGGGCCUUGGAUGUCCCCAUUAGCUUGGCUGGAAAAAGGUGUAAAUACCUCAGUCAUGCUAGAAAAUCUCCGCCAGAGCUUAUCCCUUCCCUCUGUGCUUCGGGAUACUGCAAUCGGCACUACCCCUUUCUCUACUUGCUCAGUGGGGACUUGGUUUACUCCCCCAGCACCACAGGAAAAGAGUACAAACACAUCCCAAACAGGCCUGAUGGGCACCAAGGAUGGUACUUCUGAGACAGAGCGUGUCCUGUGGGGCCAUCCUCCAGAUCUGACCGCCUUAUCUCGGCAUGACCUGGAAGAUAACCUGCUGAACUCUCUUGUCAUCCUGGAGGUUCUCUCCCACCAGCUGCGGAAUUGGAAGAGCCAGCUAACUGUCCCUCACCCAGAAGUUCAGGACAGUAGCACACAGACUGACACUUCUCCUAGCCGGAUAAGUAAGAAACCUCAGCAUCUUCAGGAGAGCGAAGAGAUUGGGCAGGCUCUGCAGCAGGCCAGGAAUGUCAUGCAAUCAUGGGUGCUGGUCUCUAAAGAGCUGAUCUCCUUGCUUCACCUAUCUCUGUUGCACUUAGAGGAAGAUAGAACUACUGUGCAUCAGGAGUCUCGGCAUGCAGAAACCUUGGUCUCCUGCUGUUUUGACAUGUUGAAGAAACUGAAGGCAAGGCUCCAGAGCCUGAAAACGGAAAGGGAAGAAGCAAAGCAAAGAGAGGAAAGGGCCCUCAGAGGCAAGGAUGCGGCAGAGACAGUGCUAGAGGCUUUCUGUGCACAUGCAAGCCAGCGCAUUAGCCAGCUGGAACAGGACCUGGCAUCCACGGGGGAAUUCAGAGGCCUUUUGAAGGAAACCCAGACCCAACUGGUAGGGUUUCAUACUGAGCAAGAAGAGUUGGCUCAGCAUAUAGCCAGUUUUAUUUCAACCUUGCAACAGGACUGGAUAUCCGUGCAACUGGAUUAUAUAACAUGGACAACUUUGCUGAGCCAGUCUCGACAACUCACAGAGAAACUCACAGCCAAGAGCCGGCAGACCCUGCAGGAACGUGAUGCUGCAAUUGAGGAAAAGCAGCAGCUUUCCAGGGAGUUGGAACAAGUCUCUACCCAUUUAGAGGAAUGCAAAAGCCAAAGAGAAAAACUAGAGUUGGAAAACAGUCGCCUAGCAACAGAUCUCCGGGCUCAGCUGGAGAUUUGGGCCAGCAUGGAGAGUCAGCUAAAAGAGCUACAGAGUCAGCAUGCCCAGUGUACCCAGGACCUGGCCACAAGGGAGGAGUUGCUCUGCCAGCUUACCGAGGACAAUAAGGAGCAGGCUGUUCAAUGGCAGAAGAAGGAGGUGGCACUGAAGCACAUGCAGGCAGAGCUGCAGCAACAGCAGGCCGUCCUGGCCAAGGAGGUGCAAGACCUGAAGGAGACCCUGGAGUUUGCAGACCAAGAGAAUCAGGUUGCUCACCUGGAGCUGGGCCAGGUUGAGUGUCAGUUGAAAAUGACGCUGGAAGUGCUCCGGGAGCGCAGCCUGCAGUGUGAGGACCUCAAGGACACUGUGGAGAACCUGAAGGCUAAACUGGCUAGUACUAUAGCAGAGAACCAGGAGCAAGAACUGGAGAAGACUCAGCAGUAUUCCCAAGAACUGGGGGUGCUGGCUGAGCGACUACAGAGCCUGACCCUCUUACUCCAGACAAAACUAAAGGAGAAGGCUGAACCAGAGACCCUGCUCAGAAGCACAGCCUGUGCUCCUGCUCAGAAACACCCUCUGCCCACCAGCGGUGCCCUCUUGGGAAGCAUCUUAACAACAAUGGCAGAUGAAGAGCCGGAAUCAGCUCCUGUGCCCUUGCUUGGAAGUGACAAGAGUGCUUUCACCCGAGUAGCAUCAAUGGUUUCCCUUCAGCCUACAGAGACCCAGGGCAUGGAGAGGAGCCUGGCAGAGAUGAGCACAGUGACUCUGGAGCUUCAGAGCCUGUGUUCCCUCCUGCAGGAGUCUAAAGAAGAAGCCAUCAGGACUCUGCAGCAAGAGAUUUGUUAUCUGCAGGCUAGGCUGCAGGCCCAGGAAAAACAGCAUCAGGAAGCCCAAAAGGCAAAGGAAGUGGACAUAGAGAAGCUGAACCAGGCAUUGUGCUUGCGCUACAAGAAUGAAAAGGAGCUCCAGGAAGUGAUACAGCAACAGAACGAGAAGAUCCUAGAGCAGAUAGACAAGAGCGGCGAGCUCAUAAGCCUUAGAGAGGAGGUAACCCAGCUCACCCGCUCACUUCGGCGUGCAGAGACAGAGACGAAGGUGCUCCAAGAGACCUUGGCUGGCCAGCUGAACCCCGACUGUCAGCCCAUGGCCACUAACUGGAUCCAGGAGAAAGUGUGGCUCUCCCAGGAGGUGGACAAGCUGAGGGUGAUGUUCCUAGAGAUGAAAAAUGAGAAGGCAAAGCUCAUGGCCAAGUUCCAGAGCCAUAGAAACAUCUUGGAGGAGAAUCUUCGGCGCUCUGACAAGGAGUUAAAGAAACUAGAUGACAUUGUCCAGCAUAUAUAUGAGACUCUGCUGUCCAUCCCAGAGGUUGUGAGGGGUUGCAAGGAGCUACAGGGAUUGCUGGAAUUUCUGAGCUAAGAAACUGCAAGGUGGAAUCCGAUUCACCCUUUUACCUGAAGUACUCCCUUAUGCCAACACAAGGACCAAUUGGCAUAGAGCCAGCUAUAUUUAAUGUUAUUUAAAUAAAGUCUAUUUAAU